GCAUUCCUGGUGGAGAUGAGCAGCGACGUCCUGGACACGGUGCUGAAGCUGCCGCACGUGGAGUAUGUCGAGGAGGACGCCUACGUCUUUGCCCAGAGCACCCCUUGGAACCUGGGCAGGAUCGUGCCACCACAGCCCAGCUCAGGUGCCUACAGCCCUCCCAAUAAAGGUGACCUGGUAGAGAUAUAUCUGCUGGACACCAGCGUGCAGAGCACCCAUCGGGAGAUCCAGGGCAGGGUGCUUGUGACGGGCUUUGAGAGUGUCCCUGAGGAGGACAGCACCCACCUUCACAGGCAGGCCAGCAGGUGUGACAGCCACGGGACCCACACGGCCGGGGUGCUGGGUGGGCACGAUGCCGGCGUGGCCACAGGGGCCACCAUCCACAGCCUCCGCGUGCUGAACUGCCAGGGGAAGGGCACCAUCAGCGGGACCCUGCUCGGGCUGGAAUUCAUCAAGGCGAGGCUGGAGGCUCAGCCCCGCCUGCCUCUGGUGGUUCUGCUGCCCUUGGCUGGGUCCCGCAGCCGCGUGCUGAACGCCGGCUGCCGGCGGGUGGUGCGGAUGGGGGUGGUGGUGGUGGCAGCUGCUGGGAACUACAAGGAUGACGCCUGCCUGUACUCGCCAGCAGCCGAGCCGGAGGUCAUUACGGUGGGUGCCACCAACAGUGAGGACCAGCCAGCCUCCAUGGGCACCCUGGGCACCAACUUCGGCCCCUGUGUGGACCUCUUUGCCCCCGGGGACGACAUCAUUGGCGCUUCCAGCCACUGCAGCACGUGCUUCACGGCGCGGAGCGGGACGUCACAGGCAGCUGCACAUGUGGCAGGCAUGGCUGCCAUGCUGCUCAGUGCCCAGCCCCAGCUGAGCGUCACCCAGCUCCGUCAGCACCUCUUGCACUUUGCCGCCAAGAAUGUCAUGGACAUGGCGCGGUUCCCUGAGGAGCAGCGGCUCCAGACACCCAACAGUGAGGCCAGGUUGCCCACCUGGCUGGGCACAGAGCAGCAGCUGUCCUGCCGCUCGGUGUGGUCGGCGCGCUCGGGGCUGUCCCGGGACUCCACGGCCGCGUCUCGCUGCGCCAGCUCCGAGGAGAUGCUCGGCUGCUCCGGCUUCUCCAGCAGCGGCGGGCGGCUGUGGGAGCACCUGGAGGAGCAGGGCGGGCAGAAGCGGUGCGUGGCCCGCGGCGCUCCCCGGGCCCGGGGGGUCUCUGCCAUCGCCAGGUGCUGCACCUGGCCCGGUGACAAGGGCCGGAUCGACUCCAGCUCCCCGGCAGCUGCGGGCUCCGGCUGCCCCCCGCGGGACCCCGGGCCGACCGGCUGCCGUUUCCACUCCCCUGCAGCAGUGUCAGGUGACAGUGGCAGACCUGUCCCUGGGCUGGGGAGCAGGCCCAGGCACUGUGCUGGGAGGACAGAGGUGAUGGCACAUGCCUUGUGCUGCCCUGCUGCAGGCCUCGAGUGCCGGGUGAAGGAGCACACGUCCCUGGGCUCUGCAGAGAAGGUGACGGUGUCCUGUGGUGACGGCUGGGUGCUGACAGGCUGCAACACCGAUUCCCAGAGCCCCGGCACCAUGGGAGCCUACGCUGUGGACAACACCUGCGUGGCAGCCCGUGUCCCAGGCAGCAGCGCAGCUACAGCCAUCGCCGUUUGCUGCCGGACCCGCCCAUAG